GCCGGCUUUAACCAAGUCCUGAAUUAUGUCCAAGUGCUGUGGGAUUUCCGAGCCCCCUCUCACAGCUCUGCAGUGUACAAUGGAGCUGUCGAAGCACUAGCAACUUUUCUGAGCUCAGUAACGUCUUUCCUAGUACAAUAUAUGAAAAUUAACUGGGACCUGUUUGGAGAACUGGCUUUAGGGAUCUUCUCUGCGGUAGAUGCCGGUUCUCUGUUUCUCAUGCACUUCUCUACCAACAUCUGGGCGUGUUACGCUGGCUAUCUCAUUUUCAAGGCCUGCUAUAUGCUCCUGCUGACAAUAGCAACGUUCCAGAUUGCCAUCAAUCUGAGCAUGGAACGCUAUGCUUUGAUGUUUGGUUUCAACAACUUCAUUGCCCUGGUGAUUCAGACCAUUCUUACAGUAGUUGUCGUGGAUUCGAGAGGCCUGGGGCUGGACAUAGUGACUCAGUUUUUAAUUUAUGGCAGCUACUUUGCAGUCAUACACGGGAUUUUCAUGAUCAGAAGCAUUUGUGUGCUUGUCUCAAGCAAAUUCAAAAGGAAAAUAGCAAGAUGUUGCAAAGAGCGGCUGAACCAUGCUGAGCAUGAAUCCAGAGAGCAGAUUGUCACAGGCUAUUUGACUCGGCUGUAG